AUGACGAAAACGCAAUUCCAAUACCCAAUCCCACCAGGAGUCCACUCCAUCCCACACACAGACCUUGACCUCCGCCCCGACUCCACAAUUGACGAAAUCCUCGAAUCCCCAGGCCCAGUAACAAGUACCAAGAACAUCUGGUUCUUCUGGCACUCAGGGUACAAAACCAUGCCAGGGUACAGUCAACGUACCGUACGCACUUGGCACAGACGUCUUUCCAAAAAGGGGUGGACAAUUCGAGUCCUUGAUCGAGUUCCUGGUUCUGCAAAUAAUAUCUCUCAAUACCUUGAUAUCACAUCACCAAAAGUCUUCCCACGCGCAUUUAUUCAAAAUACACUCUCUGGUCCUUUCGCAUUACAACAUACCUCUGACUUAGUUCGGUUCCCACUGAUACUAAAGUAUGGAGGGAUCUAUGCGGACGUGGGACUGAUGUGUAUUGGGGAUGUGGAUACACUCUGGAAUCGAACGGUGAAUAAUCCCGAUUCGAAAUAUGAGAUUAUUUCAUAUACAAGCAAGAAUGAGGGGAUGUAUAACCUUUUAAAUUAUUUUCUUGGUGGAAUGCCUGGGAAUGAAUACUUCAGGCGGUGUCAUGAGUUAUUACUUGCGCUUUGGGGAGAAGAUGGUGGGAAAGAGAGUACGGAGGGGAUGCAUGCAAGUGGACUUUUAUCCGGAGUGAAGUUGAUGGGUGGAGCGUUUACGAUUGAAGAGGAGGAUGGGAGUGUGAUUCCUGCGGAUGAGGUGAGCAGGAUGUUGACGGAUUAUAUUAUUCAAGGACAGGCGGCGAGUGCGGUUAUGGGGUUGGUGGAUAUUGAUGGGAACUGGGAUGGACCGGCGUAUGUACGGGAGAGGUUCUUUGCGAUGGAGUUUAUGGAGGGAUCGCAGUUGAUCAAUGAGAUGACCAAUUGGGAUGGGCAGAGGGCAUUUGAUCUGAUGUCACUUUCUUUGCCUGGUUCUGGGGAGGUGGAGAGUGUGGAGCAAGCAGAGGCGCGGAGGAUUGUGGAGGGUUGUUUGUCCAGGAGUUUUGGGUUUAAGUUGGCGCAUGGGUUGAUCUUGAAGGUGUUCAAGGUUACCUUGGGCUCAUCGUGGAAGAAGAAUCCUGGGUCAGAUGCUGUUCCUGGAACUUAUGCGGAUUGGCUUCGUCAUGGAAUGAAUCAUUGGACGCCAAACAAGGUACCAGAGUCGGUGGUCUUACCUAUCAUUCCUCCUACCAAAGUGGGAAGAUUACUAGAAGUUUGA